AUGACAUACGGAAGAGAAUCGUGUAUCGGAUAUGCUAAUUGAUUCAUUUGGGAGGCUUCAUACUUAUUUGAGGAUCUCUUUGACUGAACGUUGCAACUUACGGUGUCAGUACUGUAUGCCAGCUGAGGGUGUAGAAUUAACCCCAAAUUCUCAUCUUCUAUCACAAAAUGAGAUUCUUCGUUUGGCGAAUCUUUUUGUCAGUUCUGGAGUUGACAAAAUUCGUUUGACUGGUGGAGAGCCAACUGUCAGAAAGGAUAUUGAAGAUAUUUGCUCACGGCUGUACCUGAAGGGACUAAACCUUGGCUAUGACCACAAUGGAAUUACACUAGCAAGGAAACUGCCAAAACUGAAAGAAUGUGGACUGAAUUUGGUAAACAUAAGCUUAGAUACAUUGGUACCAGCAAAAUUUGAAUUUAUGACUCGGCGUAAAGGAUAUGAAAGGGUGAUGGAGUCAAUUAAUGCUGCAGUCGACUUGGGAUACAAUCCUGUCAAGGUCAAUUGUGUCGUAAUGCGUGGGUUCAAUGAUGAUGAGAUCUGUGAUUUUGUAGAAUUGACGCGUGAGAAGCCCAUUAAUGUUCGGUUUAUUGAGUUCAUGCCUUUUGAUGGAAAUGUUUGGAACGUCAAGAAACUUGUGCCCUACUCUGAAAUGUUGGACAGAGUGGUUAAACAAUUUACAGGGGUUCAGAGAAUUCAGGACCAUCCAACUGAGACUGCUAAGAAUUUCAGGGUUGAGGGCCAUCAGGGUUCAGUUUCUUUUAUUACAUCAAUGACUGAGCAUUUUUGUGCUGGAUGUAACAGAUUGAGACUUUUGGCUGAUGGGAAUUUCAAAGUAUGCCUUUUUGGUCCCUCAGAGGUGAGCUUAAGGGAUCCACUUCGUCUUGGUGUUGAGGAUAAUGAGCUCAAGGAGAUUAUUGGGGCUGCGGUUAAGAGAAAGAAGGCUUCUCAUGCUGGCAUGUUUGAUAUUGCAAAGACAUCAAAUAGACCCAUGAUCCGCAUUGGUGGCUAAGCUUGUGCGAAGUUAAUCUUGGCGGUCCAACCUCCUUGUAACCCACAAAGAUGAGACCGAUACUCGACGACAGAUCUUUGGGGUGUAAGUUAUGUUGUAUAAAUAGUGAUGAUGCUUUCAUUUAAUAAGCAUGGUGUGCUGAAUAAUCUGUAAUUGCCAGUUCAUUAGCCAUUGUACUGGAUAGAAAAGGAGGUUAUUGAUAUGACUCCCAGGAGUUUUUGCUUCCUUCCUUCCACCAAAUUCACUAUAUCAUCACUGUGUUGCUUUUCAUCCAGUUCAAGGUUUAUUCUGUCAGGCUAAUGAAACCUGUGGCUUGUUGUUUUGCAUUAUUUUCUACUUGCUUGAGGAGCUCAGUAAAAUAUGAAUUUUCUUUUGCA